AUGACAGCACCAGGUAUGUCAAAGCCUCCGACACACGUAGUCUUCGAGACGACUGUGGGUGAUUUCACGAUGGAACUCUACACAGAACAUGCACCCCGAACAUGCUGGAAUAUUGCAGAAUUGGCUCGUCGUGGGUACUACAAUAAUACCAUUUUUCAUCGCAUUAUCAAGAACUUCAUGAUUCAAGGCGGAGAUCCAACCGGCACAGGUAGAGGAGGAGAGUCUGUGUAUGGAGCCAAAUUUGACGAUGAGAUUACCAAGGAGCUUAAGCAUACGGGAGCUGGUGUGCUAUCUAUGGCAAACUCGGGACCGAAUACGAAUGGCAGUCAAUUUUUUAUUACAUUGGCACCAACUCCAUGGCUAGAUGGUAAGCACACUAUAUUCGGUCGAAUUUCGUCGGGAAUGAAAGUCAUUCAGCGCAUGGGAUUAGUACCGACAGGAGUGAAUGACAGACCUCGUGAGGAAAUUCAUAUUAAACGUGCAUACCCAACAUCUCAAUAG